AUUGACGCCAUCUUGAACCAAUACAAGUGAAGAACAGUUUCUCUCCAAUCAGAAUGUAGUCGGAACCGUAGCGUUAGACAUGGCUUCACAUGAUGAACUGGUGCUGUAACCUCCAUUGAAUGGUUUCGUCGAACUGAGGGAAGUCUAGAAGAUCAACAUGCAGGCUGCUAUGGACAUCACGGCAAAGUAUUGCCAUAAAGAAAUGGAGGCUUACGGGUCAUGUGUGACUUCAAACCCAUCAACCUGGCAACAAACAUGCAAUGAUCUGAAGAUGAAGGUUGCACAAUGUACAUCAUCACACCCAGUGAUCCAGAAAAUCAGACAGGACUGCUCUAAGGAAUUUGUAAUGUUUGAGGCAUGUCUACGAGAGAACCAGGAUAAACCUACAAGCUGUUCACCGCAAGUGGUUCGCUUUUUGGGCUGUGCAGAAGCAGUGGAUCUCCGUGGAGUGGAUACAAAUCCAGUACCUCAGCCAACAUAGAAUUCUGACAUCUUAGCAAUAUUCAUAUUAAACCUGUUAUCACAGCAAUAAAGGUUGUCUCUUUCCCUUA